GCGCUCUCUCUCUCUUCACAACAUCCAACAGCAGAGCCAGUUGUUCCUUCUUUCAGUUGUUAACCUGAUCUUUAAGUUCCCCCCCGACUUUCUUUUCUGUUUAGAUCUACUUUUUUUUCAAGCACUAUUUUAUCCAGUUGGGAAUGAAGCACUAGAGAUUCCUCUCUCGCCAUCUGUUCGCCUUCUCCUGCUGGAGCUGGAGAGAUGCCCGCGGCAGGAUGUGCUCCAGCCGCAAAAUCCUGUGGAGCCUGCUCCUGCUCUCCGUGCUGGAAGUCGGCCUGGGUGUGGCGAGCAUCGUUCUGGGAGCCGUGGGUAUCAGCUGGGUCCGGGAGGGGACGCCGCAGCAAGGAGACGCUUCUCCGGUCUGGAGUGGACUCUGUUUCCUGUUGUGUGGGAUGUGUGGAGUGCUGUGUGCUCGAAAAAGGACGGGUCUUAUUAUGAUCCUUUUUUCAGCGUGCUGCAUCUGUGGCCUGAUUGGUGGGAUUCUCAACUUCCAGUUUGUUCGGGCAAUAAGCAAAAAGCCAAACUCGAUGAGUUCGAUCCAUCUGGCUGCCAUGACUCUGGCCUGUCUGGGGAUAUCAUCCUGUACCUUAUCCACUUGGCUGACUUGUCGACUGGCCAGCUCUGAGCAGCAGAGGAUGUUCCUGGAGAGGGAACACUCGCUGCACCAUUCACAUGAGAUGACUGAAAAAGAAAUCCUUGACAACUCAAGCAAUGGCAUCCCUCAGAUUUCCUACAAUGGACACACCCCAGCAUCGCCUUGAUGAUUUCUCACCAGGUGUGACUUGCACACACUGAAACAGAGACCAUUUUUAAAAUACUUGCUGUCAGACAGCAGAUGCAGCUUGUGCUUCACUCAGCAUAUCCCACAACUAUAUCUUGACUGCAGGAGGCAAACUAGGUCUCUUUGGAAGUUCUUCUCUUUUUGCCGCCAUAGUGAGACAGACAGCAAGAGAAAGGCUGUCAAGCAUCUUGAUUAUUAUGCAAACAUGGGUUCAAACACCCUCUGCUCAACUCAAACCAAAGCCAGGAUGGUAAACUGUCAAGUUUGUGACUAAUCAGGUGAGAAACCUUUCUGUCUAAUCCCUACAGUAAUGAGUUUAAGGGACAGAUCUCAUCCAGUCAGAAUCGUUGACACAGUGAGAACAAAUGAAGCAUGCAGCUGGUCUACUUUAUUUUAGGAGCUACUAUAUUAAAAUUUUGAUGUCUUUUAUGCGGAUUAGCCAGCAGUAAACCCUAUGUAUCGUCUGAUAUGGAAUGUUUUGACAUGAAAAUACAGUGAUGUGCAGUAUAUGCUUGUAUAGCAGGUAUCUUUAAAUCAAACAUAUUUUUAUAAUGCUUCUUAUAAAGAUAAUUCAAAUAAAGUAUGACU